AUGUGGAAGGACCCUUGUAUCAUGGAUUUCCCUAUAAACCUUAAGCCUACUUAUCUCAAUAUGGAUUUGUUUCAUGAUUCUAUGAGCCUCUCGGAUCUCUUGAGUCUUGAUUGCUUUAAUCAUGAUGCUUUGAUCCAUACUUUUGGUCCUAAUUUGGAUUGGGCUUGGCUUAACAAUAUCGAUCUUACUGCUUCUCAAAAUUACUGGAUCUGGGGCUCUACUUCUCUUAAGACCACUCUGGCUUUUGUGGUAUAUGAUAAUCUCAAUUCUAACAUGGAUGUUGGAUGGAUGGGGUGGUUCCACAUCUGGCGACUUCGGGUCAUACCAAGCAUCAAAGUUUUAAUUUGGAAAUUGGCACACGGUAAAUUACUGAUUGGGGCCUAUCUAUAUGAUAUUAAUAUUGGGCCCCACAAUCUUUGCAAUUUUUGCAACCUGAUGCCUGAAACUGCCACACAUGUGAUCUGGGAGUGCCCCAAGGUUGCACUCUAUUGGUCUAGGGUCUUGAGCUACUUGGGAUGCCCCACAAUGCCUAUAUCUGUCCUUAGCUCUGAACACUGGAUCACUAGCUAUCUUAAUAAAUCUCACAAUUCUCAAUUUGGUAAAGCCCUCAUUGUAACCACAGCUUGGUUGAUUUGGAAAGAGCGAUGUAAUCUUAUCUUCAAAAAGUGGACUCCAAACUUCAACUCCCUGGUGGACAAAGCCUGGUCCUAUUGCUCAAAUUUUGAACAGGCAACUAGAUGCAUGUCAAGGGAGUGUCCUAAACUUCGAAAUUCUAAAACUGUUAUUACAAUCUAUUCAGAAGCAUCUUGGGAUUCAUCCACACAGGACUGCGGUCUGGGAUUUGCUAUCAUCUUAAACUAUAAUCAGAUUCUACUUGCAGGUUCUUGUGGAUAUCUUACUGACUCUCCCAUCACUGCUGAAAUUGAAGCAAUUAUCUUAGCUAUGAACUACUGUGCCAACAACUACUUGAAUCUAAAUCAUAUCUAUUGUGACUGUCCCGGUGUCUAUCAAAUGAUAAACAAUUUUCAAAGGACUGUUGCUUGGCGUUUCGGCUCAAGCAUCCAUCAGCUCAAGCUUAUUUUGAAGCACUUCCCCAGCACUACUUUGCAAAACAUUGAUUGCGAUACAAACAUUCUGGCGGAUUCUCUUGCGCAUUUUGGCCUUUAA